AGCGGAACCGGCCUUGAAAUUAGGCGUUCGACCCCGCCUCCGCGCGCCCAGUCCAGAGCCCCGCUUCUCGCAGCCUCUGUCCCCGGCCUCCGCCCUGCCCCGAGCCCAUUGUGUCCAGUGAGCCCUGCUGCUGGCCCCGAGGGCCGGGCUAGGCCAUCAGCCCCCGCACCCCGGCCUUCCUGGGGGCGCACAGUCGGCACCCUGGGAGCCGAGGCGGCCGGUCACCUUUAUUAUUAAGACCAUUAUUAAAAGGGGGCGGGGACCCCAGGAUGCGGGGCCGGGAGCCGCAGACGCAGCUGCUCUAUUAAACAGAUUAUUCCGAAAUAACCACAACACACGCGCAAGAUGGCUGAAGGCGCCGUGAUGCGCGCUCGGGCUGGGAGGGCGCUUCCUUUUCUCCUCAUCUGAGGACGCGGCUUUGAGCGCGGCGCAGCGCCCCCGAGACCCUGCCGGCCCCCCCAGCUGCGGCGGACGCGCGGACCCGCCCCGGAUGCUCCGCCGGAGUCGCGGCACUCGCCUCUGCGACUCCGUCCAGUUCUCUUCUUUUUUUAUUUUUUGGAAAGGACCGGGGUGGGUGGAGCAGAGGUGGAGAGAAAUCAAGACUUGGCAUUUUCUUUCCUUGCCCUCUCCUAAUUUGCUGGAGGCCACCAGCCCUCCUCUUGGGAAAAGGGGGAAAAAAAAAUCUCACCGAAAAAAGCGAAAAAGAGAAGGUUGCAAGACCCUCAGCCCACGUAGGGCACCCCGGACCCCGGACCGCCGCCGGCCGCCCAAGAUGGCUGAGUGCUGAGUCGGCCGCCGCCUCGCGCAGGUCGGGCUCGGCCACAGCCUGGAGCCUCCCGGGCCGGAGCCGCGGCCGAGAAGAAAAGAGUGGGGGAGGGGAGGGGGCCAAGGGGGAGGGCUUGGGGAGGGGCGGGCCGGCGCCGAGCCUCUGUGCCUUAGCAGUUGGGAGGAAUUCCUCUCCAGUUGGAUCAAUCCCUGCUAAGGGUACAGCAGCGGCGCCCGCCCAGCCCGCGGACGGAGCGCGGGGUCUCUCAGCGGCGGGGCGCCCUGCGCGGGGCCCAGGGGGCUCAGAGGCGGCGGCACGGGGUUAGCCCUUGCGCCCCUAGGGCUUCACCCUCCCUUCCUAGUGGCCUUUUUUCCACUCUCUCCCUCCCCCUUCCGUUUCUAUUUGUGAAAGGAGGAGGAAGGCAGAGGCGGGCUUGUGUCUCGGGCCGGGGGCUGGAAUUUCAUCUGAAUGACCGCCACGGAGCGCGCGGAGCUCCCCGCAGCCGGCCAGUCGGGGGACGCCCUGGCCGCGACCCGGGGAUCGCCGGGUCUCCUCGCCCGCUGCGCCCGUGUCUAGCGGCCUGGUCCCGGCCGGCCGAGCGAGAAGAGGUGCGCGCCCUGAUGGCAGCCGCCGGGCGGAGCGCAGGCCGCGCGCCGCCGCUGCCCUAGCUGCGCUGCCAGGGGCGGCCUCUUAUAUGGAACUCGGACCCCGCCGCCCGCGGGGCGCUCUCGAGGAGGAGGAAGAGGAGGAGGAGGAGGCGGCGACACAGCCGGCGGCGCCGAGACCCGGAUCCCCUCCGCAGCGGGGCAGCCGCGCGGGGCGACGGUGACAGAGCAGUUGUCGGGUCGGGGCGCGGGGCUCCGUGGGCCCACCGUGGGGUCUGGCCCCGCGCGGAGGGAGGUCGGCCCGAGCCCCUGUCCGCGUUCGUCAUGGCGGAGAACUGGAAGAACUGCUUCGAGGAGGAGCUCAUCUGCCCCAUCUGCUUGCACGUCUUCGUGGAGCCCGUGCAGCUGCCCUGCAAGCACAACUUCUGCCGGGGCUGCAUCGGCGAGGCGUGGGCCAAGGACAGCGGCCUCGUGCGCUGCCCGGAGUGCAACCAGGCCUACAACCAGAAGCCCGGGCUGGAGAAGAACUUGAAGCUCACCAACAUCGUGGAGAAGUUCAACGCACUGCACGUGGAGAAGCCCCCGGCGGCGCUGCACUGCGUCUUCUGCCGCCGCGGGCCCCCGCUGCCCGCGCAGAAGGUCUGCCUGCGCUGCGAGGCGCCCUGCUGCCAGUCCCACGUGCAGACGCACCUGCAGCAGCCCUCCACCGCCCGCGGGCACCUCCUGGUGGAGGCGGACGACGUGCGGGCCUGGAGCUGCCCGCAGCACAACGCCUACCGCCUCUACCACUGCGAGGCCGAGCAGGUGGCCGUGUGCCAGUACUGCUGCUACUACAGCGGCGCGCAUCAGGGACACUCGGUCUGCGACGUGGAGAUCCGGAGGAACGAGAUCCGGAAGAUGCUCAUGAAGCAGCAGGACCGGCUGGAGGAGCGAGAGCAGGACAUCGAGGACCAGCUCUACAAGCUGGAGUCUGACAAGCGCCUGGUGGAGGAGAAGGUGAGCCAGCUGAAGGAGGAGGUGCGGCUACAGUACGAGAAGCUGCACCAGCUACUGGAUGAAGACCUGCGGCAGACAGUGGAAGCACUGGACAAGGCACAGGCCAAGUUCUGCAGCGAGAAUGCGGCGCAGGCGCUGCAGCUUGGUGAGCGCAUGCAGGAGGCCAAGAAGCUGCUCGGCUCCUUGCAGCUGCUCUUCGACAAGACAGAGGACAUCAGCUUCAUGAAGAACACCAAGUCCGUGAAGAUCCUGAUGGACAGAACCCAGACCUGCACGGGCAGCAGCCUCUCACCCCCCAAGAUUGGCCAUCUGAAUUCCAAGCUCUUCCUGAAUGAGGUAGCCAAGAAGGAGAAGCAGCUGCGCAAGAUGCUGGAAGGCCCCUUCAGCACACCUGUGCCCUUCCUGCAGAGCGUCCCCCUGUACCCUUGUGGUGUGAGCAGCUCUGGGGCUGAGAAGCGCAAGCACUCAACAGCCUUCCCUGAGGCCAGUUUCCUAGAGACACCUUCAGGCCCUGUGGGCAGCCAGUAUGGGGCAGCUGGCACAGCCAGCGGCGAGGGCCAGUCCGGGCAGCCCCUGGGGCCCUGCAGCUCUACACAGCACUUGGUGGCCCUGCCAGGUGGCGCCCAACCAGUACACUCAAGCCCUGUGUUCCCCCCGUCGCAGUACCCCAAUGGCUCUGCCACCCAGCAGCCCAUGCUCUCUCAGUACGGCGGCCGCAAGAUUCUCGUCUGCUCUGUGGACAACUGUUACUGUUCUUCUGUGGCCAACCAUGGUGGCCACCAGCCCUAUCCCCGCUCCGGCCAUUUCCCCUGGACGGUGCCCUCACAGGAGUACUCUCACCCACUGCCACCUGCACCCUCUGUGCCCCAGUCCCUUCCCGGCCUGGCCGUCAGAGACUGGCUCGACGCUUCCCAGCAGCCUGGCCACCAGGAUUUCUACAGGGUGUACGGGCAGCCGUCCACCAAACACUACGUGACAAGCUAACGCCACGCCACGCCACGCCACGCCACGGGCAGCAGACAUUGGGACCCUCCCCUGCCCCAGUGGCUUGGAAACACUGCAUCCAGAGGCCCGCCCUCCUGCCUCCUUCCUCCUUCACUCCACCCCCCAGCUUUUCCUUCUGGAUUUUUUUGGGCCUUUGUUUUUUACCUUGGUUUUGUUUUGUUUUUUAAUCUCCUGGACACAGAGGUGACAGUGGGAGCUGUUCUAGGCCCGGGCCACAGGUGGCCCUAGAUUUGGGAAAACUCUCACGGCGCUGUCUCCCCGUUUUCUUCCAUGCCUUUCCCCUCCCGCCCCUGGGGCUGGAAGGAGCCUAGGUUUGUUCGGAAGCCUUGGGCACCUGCCCCAAGGAAGGCCCCCCCCACCCCCCACCUGCUUCUCUAACCUUCUGGUUUUUUUUAUUGGGGGGGGCAGUUUGAUCACUGAUGGAGAAAGGAAUGACCUAGAGAUUGUGGGAGGUUUUUUUUUUUAUUAUUUUUUUUAAAGCCAAGAAUGAUUUCUCCUUUUUCCUCAUCUUCCCAGACGGAAGUCAAAGGCUGCUUCUCAAGCAAAGAGGAAUCUGUAGAUAGCCUCGGGUCCAGGAAAGGGGAAAAGGGACUUUGCCAAUGAUAGUGACCACAGCAAAAGCAAAUAAUAAUAUUAAUAAUAAUAAAGAGAAAUAAAUAAUAAAAAUGAUAGCACAGCCCUUGUGGAAGUCAGUGAAGGAGCAAGGGCUGCCGGAGCCAGAUCCCCGCCCGGAGCCAUGCAGCCCUUCCCUGUAGUGAGCACUUUGGACACAUUGUGGACUUGCUAUCCUCAGGGUGCAGGUAUUCUGUACUGUAUAGAGCACACACUGAAAUCCACUUCUAAUAAAUAUGAUGGUGCAGCCCCGC